GUCCAUUGAACGGGUGUUUCCACUUUCAGUGUAAAGUAAGUAGAACUCAAUUCAUGUUCUAGAAGGGUACGAAAAAAACUGGACCCAUCUGAAACGCCCCGACCAUCCUCUCUCACUGGCGCAAAUCCACCGACGAGCGCUGGGAUGCAACAAUCCUCCCGCCCAGCCAACAAGCCGUGGCUGGUCCCCAUACCAGGAACAACAGGGACGGCGCAUUCCACCUGUCCUCCACCAUCUCUUGGUCUCUCCGUCGUGGCGUCUCUAGUGUCGGUAGUCGUCAAGUCCCAGCGACUUUCGAUAUUAAUAUAAUCGGAGAUCAUCCAUCGCUAAAUUAAGACCUGAUUAAUAUUAAUAUGGACUGGUAGAAUUUGGAUGGAGAGACCUGUCUAUUUGGAACAUACCUUGGUCUUUUAGGGAGUAGCGCUAAAUGC